GAAUAUUUGGAUUUAUUAGAAUCUCUCUCUUUCUCAAUCUCUCUCUCUCUCUCUCUCUCUCUCUCUCCACCCUAAGUACUCCAGCCAUGUCCAAAGGCCAGCCACACAUCCUGGUAUUCCCUUUCCCAGCACAAGGCCAUUUACUCCCACUUCUCGAUCUAACCCACCAACUCUCUCUCCGAAACCUAACCAUCACCAUCUUAGUCACCCCAAAAAACCUCUCUUCUCUCAACCAACUUCUUUCCCUCCACCCAAACAACAUCCAAACCCUAAUCCUUCCAUUUCCUCCCCACCCGAACCUGCCUCCCGGUGUCGAAAACGCCAGAGACGUCGGAAACCACGGACAUAUUCCCAUCAUCAACGCCUUGUCCAACCUCCAAGAACAUAUUAUCCAGUGGUUCCACUCCCAUCCUAACCCACCUAUUGCCAUCGUCUCUGAUUUCUUCCUCGGUUGGACUCUUCGACUCGCCCACCGGAUUAACAUUCCCAGGAUAAGUUUCUUCUCCUCCGGUGCUUUCUCCUGCUCUCUCCUUCAGUACUGCUGGAACAAUUUGAACGAUGUUCGCGGUUUACCAGUCGUCUGCUUCGAAGACUUUCCGAACUCGCCGUCGUUCAAGGAACAGCAUCUUCCGACCAUAUUCCGACGAUACGUGAUGGGCGGAAACGAUCCGGAGUUGCAGAUGGUUAAGGAUGGCAUGAUUGCAAAUAUUGAAAGUUGGGGUGGCAUUUUCAACAGCUUCGAUGAGCUGGAUGGUCAAUACUUUGACUAUCUGAGGACGACAAUCGGCCUCCGUCGGGUAUAUGGAGUGGGCCCGUUGAGCUUAAUCGGCGUAUCCGAAAGUUCGAAACGGGUCGACCCGAAUAUUGAUUCGGGUUCGGGUUCUGAAAUUCUGGGUUGGCUUGAUGGGUGCUCGGAUGGAUCCGUGCUCUACGUUUGCUUUGGGAGUCAGAAAGUUUUAAGCAGGAAACAAAUGGAAGCUUUGGCUUCGGGUCUUGAACAGAGCAAGACCAAAUUCGUUUGGGUAGUGAAAACGGGCACGGAUCAAGAGGUGGAAAACGGGUAUGGAGUGGUACCAGAUGGGUUUGAAGAAAAGGUUGCUGGAAGAGGAUUGGUUGUAAAGAAGUGGGCUCCACAGGUGCAGAUACUGAAUCACCGAGCUGUGAGUGGGUUUCUGAGUCACUGUGGAUGGAACUCGACGCUUGAAGGGAUAGUAGCUGGGGUGCUGAUACUGGCUUGGCCAAUGGAGGCUGAACAGUUUGUGAAUGUCAGGCUUUUGGUGGAGGACUUGGGAAUGGCAGUGAAGGUCUGUGAAGGAGGUGAUGGAGUGCCUGACUCAGCCGAGUUGGGAAAGGUGAUUGCUGAGACAAUGAGUUUGGAUGCUCCUCAAAGAUUGAAAGUGAAAGAGGUCAGGGACAAGGCUUUUGCAGCUGUUAAUGAAGGUGGGAGUUCAUGCACAGGUUUAGAUCAGCUUGUCAGAGAAUUACACCAACUUAAAAAUUAUAAUAAACAAUAAAAUAACAAUCAUUUACAGAGGGGUGAAUUGGGUAGGUAUAUUUAUUGUUAUUUACUUUUAAAUUAUAUUUUUUAUUUCAAACAUUUUAUGUUGUGAUGUAUCAUUUUU